GUUUUUAUAAUAACCUCAUAUUUUAACUUCAGAUUUUAAGUUAAUAAUCUGAGCUUGUGGCAUUGAACCUUGAAGCAUAGGAUUUACAGAUUUUUGCUCAGCAUGUUUCAAUCGACAGAUGUAUCACAAGGACCUUAUCGAGCCACUAAACUGUGGAAUGAAGUUGUUCGACUAUUCCGAUGUGGAAUGCCCACCAAACGACACUGGCACCAGUUCAAAGUUUUCCAUGAUACUUUCACUGGUGCAGAAGCUGCUGAUUGGCUGCAUGAUUGUUUGAAAAUAAACAACAAUUUUGGGGCUCAGGUCACCAGAGAGCAAACUAUAAGACUUCUCUGUAAAUUUUUAAAAAAUCAUGUCAUUGAAGAAGUUUCUGGUAAAUGGGGAACAGAAGAAUAUACAGAUAAUAAACAAUUAUACAGGUUUCCCAUUGGAGUUUCGCCUUCUAAAGUGAUUCGGCAACCAUUGGCUCUUCUCAACACAAAUCAAGCUUCACCAAGACAACAGAACAUCACUAAUGCAAAAAACAAGUUUAUAGUACAAUCUCGGAUGAAGAAAAACAAUCAUGAAUCUCCAAAAACAACAUCAAGCAUGUGGCAAAGGGCAUAUAUGUCAAGCUUUCAAAAACUCCUCAAUUUGAAAUCAAUAGAAGAAAUACUACCAUGUGGAAUACUUCACACAGAAUGGCUUCUACAUAAUGUUACAAAAGAUGAAUUAUCAACUUUCACGGAACAUGAAAUGCCAUAUUGGGUUAUCAGUGCUAUGCAAUGUCUUGCAACAUGGCCAAACAGUGAAAGCUCUGGACUUCCAAACUACCCUGGCUUUGAACGAGAUAUUUUUUCAGCAGUUUGUGGAUAUUUCCAAGCUCUUUCAGAACCACUAUUAACGUACAAUCUGUAUCAACUUUUCAUUACUGUGUUUGUACGUUCAGAAAUUUUGGAUGAAGAUGACUCAGAGAAUCAUUCGGACAAUUUUCAUGCGAAAUCCUCGCCGCAAGUAGAAAAUGAGAGUGGGGAAGAAGUUGAGAAACUGAGAAGAAAACUCAUGCAAGCUCAAAUGAGACAUGCGAAUAAAGCAAUCAGACAUCAUAAAAGUAUGAGACAUGGAAGCAUGCCUGCAAAAUAUCUCAACUUCAACGAAGUGGAUGUUCCUGCCCACUUCGGAAGUUUGCCAAGAUGGAAUUGGAAGCUUGAAGACGUCGCUACAAGAGAAACGUGGAAUGACAGAUUCGCAAGUUCUAGAAAACUCGAUGAAUUGACAGAAGAGAACAGUUUUCAAACAAAACAAGAAAACUAUGCAUCCCUACCAGAGUUACGAUUUAGUAAUACUCUUCCGAGACCAAGAUCUUCUCAUAAUAAUGAAGCGAAAGUAGAAAAGAAGAUUUCUCAGCAUGACAAAUUGACUGGAUUUGAUUACAAAACAUUGGAUAAUGAAGCAAUAGAAGCUGGAUUUUUACCAUUGGGUGAAGAAUUUAAAUCUCGUUCUGUUGAAAAUUUAUUACUCGACAUGAGUAUAAGGAUGCAUGAUGAACUGGAAAAUGAUUUGAUGAAAGAUAAUAAUUAUGAAGCUACUGGUCAUUGCAAUUCAAAUGCAGACAAAAAUAGAAGCAAUCCACUGUCGAACACAAACGAAGGAUACGAGAAUUUAAGUUUCGAGAAAAAGGAUGAUUUCGUUGAUUCUCCUAUGUAUCGGACAAUGAAACCAAUUUAUGAAAAAAACAAAAAACCUCAAAAGCAAAAUACGAGAUUUCAAUCUAAUUUCUCGACAGUGAAAAAAUGUCGAAGUUUUAAUUCUCGACAGAUUCAUAGUAUCGACAGUAAUUUGUCAAAAGAAGGCGUUUACAUGGAAAUUUCAGCCAGUCAGCCUAGUUUAAAUAAAGCAUCAAAUAUGUACCUUGGGGGGAACCUUGCUACGUUACGAGAACCAGCAAAACCGAGCUCUCAGUUCCAGGGAAUAAAAGAACAGAAAACAAUCAAGAGACGUUCGAUAAAACCAUCGAUAGAAGAUUUGGAAAAUGAUUUGAUGUUUUCUCCGUUUGUUCAUAAACCUGCUCUACCUGCUCAAAACAACAAGGGUGAUCAACUUGAUAGCAAAAAACAACAUCCUCAAUCUGCAAUUAAAGAACGUAGAGAAGUUCCACCACCCUGCGUCACGAAUGCAAAGAAAAUCGAUCCACAUUUUAUUCAACAGAGAUUAGAUAGAUUGCCUUAUGUGUCACAAACUAUGCUUCCAAGCAAACAACAUGCAAAUUCGGAAUCUCAACUUCAUGUUGGAUUAACCAGGUCUCAUAGUACAUUAAGUUAUCGCCCACUGCGUGAAGUUUCACUCAACAAUCAUGGCAACGAUCGUUAUGUUGGUCGACAAUCAUCAAUCAAUGAUAGAUUUUCGUGGAAUAAUAAAUCAAUGAUGUCAGGCGCAAAAUCAUGCAACAAUUUUAAUGAGGCAUUCUCACACCCUCAAUGUGAUGUCCCUCCAUCACCUCUUACCACAGCGUUUGAUUCUGCUCGGACAAAAGCAAAUCCAACUACAGGAGCAUCGAACAGACUGGUAGAAGCAUUGCAGUUUUGUCUUCUCUUACUUCCUCCCUGUAGUCGUAGUAAGCUUCGACUUUUGUUGCGACUGAUCACCAAAAUGUGUAACAAUCCACAUCUCGUUGAUCUUCACGAUCUUUUAUCAACGAGAGCAUUUGUUUUGCAAGAGUUGUCUCCAUGUAUAAUUCGUCAAAGACCUGUGAAACAACAAUCGAGAUUCUCAAUGAACAAAGAUAUCGAACAGAAAAUCAUCAGUGUGUUUUUAGAACAUACAUCUGUGUUGAUGAAUAAACCAACUUCUCUUGAAAAAACUGUGAAAGAACUGACAAUAGGAACAAAAUCAGAGACCGCAACAAACCUCACUUCUAACAUGAAACCAAUUGCUCAGGAAAAAUCAAUGAAGAGACAGACAACAUUCUGCAAACAGGUUACUGUAAGUGAAUAUGAAAAGCAAAGAAGAUCUAAUUUGGAAAGUUCGUUAAAACAAUUACUGGAAGACAUUGUUCACAGUGAAAACAUGACAACAAAAGAAAAGAGGAAGAAAUUGAAGCAGUUCCAGAAAUCAUACCCUGAGAUUUACAAAGGAUCAUAUCCAAAUGGGGAUCCUCUUCUGGAUAGAAGAUCAUCAACAAGAAGAAAGCCUAUGUUCUCUACUGCCAUCAAGAGGCUUAGAAGUUUACGAUCCUAGAUACAACUUUAGUUAACUUGAAACUUAACUAAAAUCCAGGAACUUUUUUUCAAUUUGUUUUUAUAUUUUGAUAUUGUAUAGACUUCAUUGUGGAGUCAUAGUUUUAUGUAAAUCAUAAUUGGAUUGAAUAAAUCGCUCAUGGCUCAUGACACACCACAAUCUAGUAGCCACAUUCCAUUUUAUCUCUAUUAAUGCGUACUAGUGCUUUUUUGUAUUGUAGUUUUUAUAUUAUGGAUUAAACUAUAAUUAUGUAGUAGGAAUAGACAUUCUUUGAGAUUAUUUGAGAGCGUGUUAUUAUUUCAAUUACCUUUUCUAUAUUUGAAUUGUUCGUUAUUUGACUUAUCAGGCUGGUUUCAAAUAACUGGUGUAUAUUUGAUUCUUGUAGCAAAGUAGAUUAUUUUAGCUUAAUCUGAUUAUAGGUGACUCAUAUACAUGUUUCGUUUAGGCAUAUAUAUAUUAGAUAUAGAUGUUAUAUUGCCAUUUAAUUCAAAUAUUACAAAUUGACAUUCAACGUAUUAUAUUACAACUUAGUAGAUUAAUUUGGAUUUUUUGAAAUCAAAAUUUAUUUCCUAAAUAUACUCACUUUGGAUUCGAUAAUAUAAUAUCUAGUUGAGUCUGCUCCUUGAUUGGGACCCAAUUUUUGAUUAGUUUGUUAGAAAUAUUAUUCGCCAUCCUAAAUAAAUAAGUAUGGGAACACCAUUCUCUGUCGAGGCACAUGCAUCAAGGCCAUGUACAGGGCUGGGUAAAAGUAGGGUAACAGUUAUUGAAAUAUUUAACUGUUACCCUCGUUUGACCCCCAUCCUUGUAGUUCCUGAUUCCAAAAUACAAAUCAAAAUAUAUAUUGUUGUUUUGGGAUUAGGAUUCAUUUGUGGUUAUAUUUUAGAAUUAAAGCCAUGACAACAUUUGUAAUGAUUUCAAUUAUAUUAUUUAUCUUUCUUGUAUCUUCGAAUCAUGUAUGAUUUUAGGAAUAAUGUAAAUAACUUCCAUGUUGUAAUUCACAUCCCACAUCUGGGUCAUUAGUCGUCAAAAUUUUUUUUUUGCACAGAGGUGUUAGUUUUCGGGUGAAUGUUUAGGUCAUGUUCGAUCAAGCUUGUACGAUGUAUUUGCUUACUUGUGUGUGUGUGUGUAUUUGUUUGUGUUAGAUAAUUUUGCUAUCUCACUUUAAGGGCGACCAUUGAUGUCUUGUGUAAUGCAUGGUUUGCCCUUAUGACCAUUUUUCUAAAAAAAAUCUUGUAUUAGUGAUUUAAUUGUCUCAGAUACCCAUACUGUACUGCUGACCUGAUUUUUGUUUGUUAUAAAGUUUUCUUCAUUCCACUUUUGUCCAAAUUUUUUUGGGGUCGGAUUCACUGUUUUGAAACAGAUGGUAAAAUUUCACUGUCAACGUUUUCGUGUAUUCUCACUGCCUUGUCUUUUUUGUAUUUUGUUGUUAGCCGAUUCUGCACCUCGGUACAUACACUCUCUAUAAAUUCGUAAUAUUCUAAUUAUAUAUAUUUCUAAGUGAUUGUUACAUAACAAUUGGACUGCAAAUUUAUUCUAUUUUGUGAUUGUUGUCAUCUAUUAUUUUUGUAUAUAGCAUUAUUCGUCCAUACGCUUACCUCCGUUGGUCAGUAUGGACGACAUUUGCAUCACCGUUAGUUGUAAUUAUAACAUCAUAAUUGAUAUUGUUAUUAGUUUUUAAUGAGAAUAAUAAAUUCACUUAUUCAGUCAGAAA